GAGGAGGUGGCGGCGGCGGCGUGGAGAAUGGAACCGCUGCGGGUUCUUGAGCUGUACAGUGGCAUUGGGGGCAUGCACGAGGCGCUAAGAGAAAGCUGUAUACCUGCACAUGUGGUGGCUGCCAUCGAUGUAAACAAUGUCGCUAAUGAAGUAUACAAGCAUAAUUUUCCUCACACACAGUUACUGGCCAAGACAAUUGAAGGCAUAACACUAGAGGAGUUUGAAAGAUUAUCUUUCAAUAUGAUUUUAAUGAGCCCUCCCUGUCAGCCAUUCACAAGAAUUGGUCUGCAAGGUGAUGUGACUGAUCCAAGGACAAAUAGCUUCUUAUAUAUUCUAGAUAUUCUCCCAAGAUUACGAAAAUUACCGAAGUACAUUCUUUUAGAAAAUGUUAAAGGUUUUGAAGUAUCUGCUACAAGAGACCUGUUAAUAAAAACAAUAGAAAAUUGCGGCUUUCAGUACCAAGAAUUUCUAUUAUCGCCAACCUCUCUUGGCAUUCCAAAUUCAAGGCUCCGGUAUUUCCUUAUUGCAAAGCUUCAGUCAGAGCCAUUACCUUUUCAAGCCCCUGGUCAGGUACUGAUGGAGUUUCCCCAAAUUGAAUUUGAACAUCCACAAAAACUUGCAUUAGAUGCAGAAAAGAAAAUUGUGGAAAAGAAAAUUGAAGGAAAGAAAAUUGAACGAAAUGUUUCCUUUGAUAACAGUAGACAAUGUUCUGGAAAAGAAACCAUUCUUUUUAAACUUGAAACUGCACAAGAAGUUGACAGGAAGCAUCAACAGGACAGUGAUCUCUCUGUGCAAAUGCUCAAAGAUUUUCUUGAAGAUGACGUUGAUAUGAAUCAGUACUUUUUACCACCAAAGUCAUUGCUGCGAUACGCUCUUUUGUUAGACAUUGUUAAACCCACUUGCAGAAGAUCCAUGUGCUUUACAAAAGGUUAUGGAAGGUAUAUAGAAGGGACAGGAUCUGUGUUGCAGACUGCAGAGGAUGUGAAGAUUGAGGAUAUCUACAAAUCUCUUACCAAUUUGUCACAAGAAGAAAAGAUUAAAAAAUUGUUAAUGCUUAAACUUCGAUAUUUUACUCCUAAAGAAAUAGCAAAUCUCCUUGGAUUUCCUCCAGAGUUUGGAUUUCCUGAGAAUAUAACAGUGAAACAGCGUUAUCGUCUACUUGGAAAUAGUCUCAACGUGCGUGUAGUAGCUAAACUAAUCAAAGUCCUAUGUGAAUAA